UAGGCAGUUCUUCACCUAGCUAGUCGAACCGGAAGCCAACAACAGCGUCGCCAUAGCAACAGAAAAACCAUUGCCCCUCGGAGCGACUCUAACGUUCUGCAGUCUGCUACCAAGUGACAACAUGUCUGCAGAAGAAGCCACAAAAGCAACAGAAGUCUCUCCCUUGAUCCCAAACAGGAUGCUCUCUCCUGAAGCUCAGUGUAUUUCACGUGUUUUGGAAAACUGCAUCAAUCAAGUUGAGAUUGCAGCGGCUCUACCUUGCAUCCUCCAGUUUUAUGCUGGGUCUGGUGCUGUGGACGAGGACUUGAGUAAGAUCCUUCAAGCGCAUCAGGUAUUAGAGGACAGACUGAAGGAGCUUCAAUGUCAGAAGCUGGAGUCAGAUGGGCUGCAAGAAAAAGAGACAAGGGAAGCAAAGAGAGAGAUGGUUCAGCUUAGAGAGAGCAUAAAAAACUCAGUCAGAGAUGUACUGAGGUUUUUCCGACUCCAUCCAAAUGUGCUUUGGGACUUACGAGAAAAGAUUAAUAUGGAAGUAGGCGUGAGCGAGCGCGUGUUAAUCAAAAUGCUUCAGAUGUUUCACAGCUAUGUGGUGAAAAGUUUGACUUCUGAAAAGGAUCUGCAGGUACCCCAGGGGCAACAGCUUUUAUUUCCUGAACAAACUCUGGAGCAACUGAUUACAGAGGAAGAAAACUCUGCUGCAGUCUUGAAGGAAAUAGAUGAAACGAUCUUAAAUAAGGACAAUGAGAUAAAGCAACUGGAGAGAUGUUUAAAAGAGGAUCAUAUGCAAGCUAAGUAUAGGUCAUCUUGCCAAACCAAAGAGGAACAACUUAAACUGUCCAUUUUACGUGCUGAGGUAGGGAGUCUCAAACAGACAACCGAUCAACUGAACAUGCAGCUCAGCACGUUGAUCCAUGAAAACAGACUGGCGGAGAGAAGUCUGCAGGAGAAAAACGAAUCUGUGGAGAUAGUGAUUGAAAACAUUAUUCUAUGCUUUGAUGAGAAAAUGCGGGAAAUGCAGGCUAACCUGGAGCCGAGUGAACAUCUAUAUGAAAAGGAGCUUGAGGAGUUGAGGAAGCUGGAGGAACCCUUUAAUAUCCUACAGGAGCGGUACAACCAGAUCCAGGAGAAGAGGCAUCUGGCAGAAGAGAAGAGGAAGGAGAAGAUAAGGCAGCUGGAGCUGAAGACCAAAGCUGCUAUCAUCAUCCAGGCGUGGUGGAGAGGGUACAGUGUUCGCAAGACCUUAAAGAACAAGGCCAAGAAGGCCUUUAAGAACAAGACCAAGAAGACCAAGAAGACCAAAAAGGCCAAGGGCAAGAAGACUAAAUGAAACAGGCAGCUUCACACUUUAUCUGUUGAUGUCUGUAGAUUGAAGUGUUUAUUCAAAGAGUUUUUUGAUUGGUAAUUUAUGUUUUUUUCUGUCAAAUUUGGAAUAUUCCUGUUCUCAGUUUUAAGCUGGAUAUCAUGGAAUUGCCACACUGGGUAAAUAAACAGUUGUUUUAUGAGUGCA